AUAUGUAUAUUACUAUAUAUGUAUAUGUAUAUUACUAUUACUAGUAGGCGCCGCAGCGUUUCUUCAACUUCACUUUACACUUUUUUAUUCGACAUCCUUUUUUGUAGAUAAUUGAAGCUAACGACACUUUACCGUUGUAUGCGGAUCGGUGAAAGAUAGGAAUGAAACGUAUAAACGCGCGUGGCGCGAUGACGCGCCCGUCAUGUGUGCGACUAUCUUCCGAUUAAAAAAUCUCUGUCCGUUAGUAGAUUUCCGCACGACGAAAUCACCAAAUUAGCUGUAUCAAAUAGCAUGUCGUAAGCGUUUAUGCACGUCACACUCUACCGAUUACACGUCCGUUCGACGCUUUUCGUCUUGCGAAAACGCAAUAAAAUUUUGGCAACAAAGAUAACUUUCCUAAUAACAUUGAUAUUUUCCUCGUCGAUUUCACAAGAUGCGCAUUAGAAUAAAAAAGAAGUAGGAAUCUCAGGGAUCAUACGCGGUAUCAGCCUGCCACUUAUCUUACAUCAUAUUGUGAAAGAAUCAGAAAUAGAGCAAGUAGUAGUUGUAAAGUCAGCUGUUAUUAAUCCCUUGUCAAGGUUUCUGGCUCCGUUUGCGGGGAUCUUUAUCAAAAUGUCAACAGUGUGCAUGACACAAAACCGGUGAGAAUUAGUAGCGUAAUUAAAAGGAUUUCCUCACUGGAAUUUUUACAACGAGGUUUUAAGGACGUGGGGACGAUAAGAUUACGCGCAGCUGAUACAGGAGUACCGGCAUUGGAACACGCUUGCGAUCGCAAAGCCGCGAGAGCAUAAUAGUCUCGCGUCAGAUUCUCGUUAGUUUCUCGCUUGUAUCUUGUCGACGCGACGCGAGUAGAAUGUCCGACGGAGAGCCUCCGCCGUUUUUUAUUUCGAGACAGAAACCGCGCUUCACAGUGGUGAAGUACCUACCGGUACUCGGCUGGUUACCGCAUUAUACUCGAUUGAAGGCCGUGUCAGACCUGAUAGCGGGCAUUACCCUGGGUCUGACUAUGAUUCCUCAGAGUAUGGCCUACGCGGUAUUGGCUGAACGGACUCCGCAGUAUGGUUUGUACUCUUGUUUUGUGGGCGGUUUCCUAUACGUUAUCUUGGGAACCAUCAAAGAGGUUUCGAUUGGUCCGUCAUCCUUGAUGGCUCUUCUGACGUUGCAGUACACGAGAAACAUGCCGCAGGAUUUUGUAAUACUCUUGUGUUUUCUGGCUGGAUGCGUAGAAUUUUUAAUGGGUGUACUAAAUCUAGGAUUUUUGGUGGACUUUAUAUCAGUUCCAGUCACAUCGGGUUUUAUGUCAGCGGGAGCGGUUAUUAUAAUUAUCGCUCAGAUGCAGGCCCUUCUGGGGUUGAAAUAUAAGUCAGAAAAUAUUAUAGACAAUCUGUACAAAUUAUUUAAGAAUAUUAAUAAGAUCCGGCUGGCCGAUUCCGCACUCGGAAUUUUCUGCUUCAUAUUUCUCCUAGUUUUCAGAAAAUUAAAAGAUAUUGACUAUCCUUGCAUAAGAAACAAGACGGAUGCUCCCAGAAAUGCAAUGAUAAAAAAAAUACUUUGGUACUUCUCCAUUGGUAGGAACGCUCUCAUUGUACUUAUAUCAUCCACAAUAACGUACCAAUUCGAAGCGAAUACAGGAUCCAUUCCGUUUAUACUUUCAGAAAAAAUCGAAGCCGGCCUCCCCAAAGUAUCGUUACCGCCUUUCUCAUCGCAAGUGGGAAAUCAGACUUACACUUUUUUUGACAUGUGCGCUCACUACGGAUUAGGACUAGGGAUACUUCCUGUUAUAGCCGUCUUGGCAAACGUAGCGAUAGCUAAAGUAUUUGCAUUGGGCACUUCAAUUAACGCAACGCAGGAAAUGCUGGCUCUGGGCCUCUCCAACAUAGUGGGCAGUUUUGUGUCAUCGCUUCCAACUACUGGUGCGUUUACCCGAAGUGCAGUCAGCAAUGCCAGUGGAGUGCAAACGCCUAUGGCUGGUCUAUAUUCCGGUACUAUGGUAUUGCUGGCACUGAGCUUUCUAACAUCAUAUUUUUAUUACAUUCCACGAGCGACACUAGCUGCUGUGCUGAUAUCUGCCGUGUUAUCCAUGAUCGAUGUGAAAAUUAUGAAAUUGCUCUGGAAGGGAAGCAAAAUGGAUGCAAUCGCGGCGACAGGAACCUUUAUGAUUUCCGUUUCUUUCGGCAUUGAGAUCGGACUCCUUCUUGGUGUCCUUUUCAACUUGAUCCUUUUCAUUCGACUGUCCGCGAGAUUGACGCUUAAAAUAGUCAAUUGCAAAACUCGUCUAGGAAAUAGAUAUAUGAUGCUAAAACCCGAAAACUGCCUCUAUUAUCCCGCGGUAACUUCCUUCAGCGAAAAAGUCAUGAGUUUAGCUGGAAACGACGUUCCGUUGAUUAUGAAUUGCAAAACAUUCAACAGUCUCGAUUACACUUCAAUCAAGGGUAUUGAAACGUUAUCGAAAAGAUUGAACAGCGAGAAAAAUCAAUUCUGGCUAUUGAAUCUUAAUUCCGACGUCGUGAAAAGUUUCAACAUUCUCGUUGACAACAAAUACCUUCGUCUGAUCGAAAAAGAAGAGAGCAUUGCUGAUGUUCUUUACAACGAUGCUUUAUCUAGUGAAAAUUCUGAAGAUCGGAUCAAUAUUGCUGUGAAAAAAGCAACGGAAAUGAAAAAUCUGAAUCACGGAGAUCUUUUAUAUUCAAAUUCGCGACAAAAGAAUUCCAAAUCCAAUGCCGAAGAAUUGACUUUAAUGUCACCAUCCGAAUGUAAAAUACAACAAUAAUCAAACAAUUCUGUCUUUAAUAUAUAGCCUAUUGAUUCUAAAUAUAACUGGAUGCUAUGUUCCGUAAAGCACAUAAUACGCACGAUGUGUCAUUUUAGGUUUAUUUAACUUUCGAUAAACAACAAGAAUAAAAUGAUACAUUAUGCGCAAUAUAUACGCUUUAUGGAAUCAAGGGAGAAUUAUUUGGAUCGAAGUUAAGUUUUCAAAACAAAGCAUUUAGAUUCUAUACGGUGUCUGUAAUGUAAAGAUAAAAAUUUCUUAUAACGGAUUUUAUCGAAUAUACGCGUGGCAAUGAUUUCGUUCGUCUUUUCGCAAUAGACUCGAGUAGAAUAUGCGUUUAAAGUGAAAAGAUUUCUCUCUAUAUCAAAGAAACAUAGCAUGAUAAUGUUACAUUCAUUAAUUAAAAGUUGCUGUUUGCAGCGCAAACCGAACGCUUUACUAGCGACUCACUGUGAGAUUCAAAGCAAGAUGAGCGUUUAUUAACGCCGAAACCAUCAAAUUGACUUCCGACCUGCUAGAAAAUUCACUAUUAUUAUUUCACAUUACAUUAUGAAGCACAAGGAUAUAAUCAUAACCGUCACGAAUCUUCUAGAAGGUCGGAGUAGCAAAAGCGAGCGCUGCACAGAUCCGCCCGCCACAUUCAAUAGAAGUUUUUUGUGAGACACGAACGCGAAUUCUUUCCGAAUAUACCAACACUCGGUUUUGAGCUGAAAGUUCUUCGCUCUGAUUAACUUUUUCAAUCGUAACUCGUUACAUCGUCAUUGCUAUCACAAAUUACACGCAUCGAGAUAGAUCAUAAGUCGCAGGAUGGUCUAAUAUAUAAUUGGGCCGCGGUGCUAGAUCGCAAACGGCCGUGCACAUUGUACAUUAAUUGGUAAGCUCAAAUACACGAAGAUAGAAAAUAAGUCUGUCUUUCUUCAUCCAAUUCUCUUCCCCGUAAUCUCCUUGCAGUCCAUA